UUUACCAGUUAACAGUUUUGUAAUCCUUGUCUAGACUGUAGCUAUUAAUGCAAAUUGUAUUUAACUAUCUAGUGGUUUUAAUAAACAUCAUUUUAUUAGCUUGAAUUGUUUAAAAUCCCUAAGUAAUUUUACUUGACGGUGAUUUGUUUAUGUUAAUAGUAUAUAGUAUAGAUACGAGUUCUCAAUUCAGCCAUUCAUGAAAUGUUAUGUUAUCGAGAAUUGAAAUCCCAACGAUAAUGUGUGUACCACUGAUAAUAUUUAGGAACCUUGCUCAAGUAGACUGCUGAUCUAAUUAAAGGAAGUACCUAGAGUCAGGUGAAUAUGUAGCAUUCCUUAGUGAAUUGUUGCACUCAAAGUCAAAACCACUGCAUGCUCUUGUCCAAGUCAAUCACAAAUUAGUAGCCUAAGGGAAGAAUGUUUGGUGAAUUGAAAACUGCCUCUAAGUAAUUUCAAGAGCUCCUGAGUUUACUAAAAAAACACAUUUUUGGGUAUCUUUGUAACACAAUUUUGUCUAGGAAGAACAUAAUUUAUGAUCUAAGGCCAUUAUUUAUGCACAAAUGAUGUAGUAGCUCAAAAAAGUUAAUGCUAGAUACUCUACUCUACAUUCACUAGAUAUUUGGUUUAAGAUGAGGAUAAAGAAAUAGUCAAAAUUAAACAAUUACCUAAAAGUAAUGAACACUUGGCAAACCAGCUCUAUCUAUGUUCAACCAACAAAUGGCAACACGCACUGUAGCCCAAAACACCUUUAUCACUGACUCCAAAUGGGACUGCGCUUCUUUCUUUAAAGUUGACGCUUAAAAUGAUAAGAAUCGAUUACGAUAUAAAAGAGAAUGACCGGGAGAUAAGACCAACAUAUAAAGAAGUGGCAAAUUAUAUCCUAGGCCGGAUUUUGUUCAACCAAUUGUUUGGAGUUGUUUGGAGCAGCUGGCGUUGAUAGAAAUGAAAUAAAGCGACGUCUCAUCGUUACCAAUCUGGAAUAGUACAUCACGUCGAUUCCAUAUUGUACUAAUGAAGAUGCCAAUGGAGGAACAAGACACUGCGCAUGGGGAGAUUUCCUUUCCUCUGAGAAAAUUGAGAAACUUAGAAGAAAAAGUUUCAAGCUCUCAUUGUGAUGUGCCCCUCCUGCUUAAACAGGAGUUAGAUAGUUUACUUAUUGCCGCCACAGAGCUUGCAGCCAAAGGUGAGGAUGUUAAUAACCCAGGAUGUCAGCGUUUCUACAAUGAUGCACUCCCAUUAUCAUUUACAAAGAUUUUAACUGAUGAUACAAUAUCAACAUGGAAUAUUAAUGUCCUACAACGUGUGAUUUUAAACUGCGAGAAACUUGUUAAAUUAUGUGCCAUGAAACUUGAUGAUAUUAGAUUCGUGAAUCUUCUUUCAAUGGCAUUCAAUCCUUACAAUAAUUUUCACACAUUUAACGCGUCAAGAACAUGUGGCCUGUCAACAUCUACUACAACAGCCACCGGUCAAGAGUCUACUCAAGAGACAGAGGUUUUUGCUAAGUCAGAAGAUCACAAGACACCCAGGCUGGUUUAUCUAAUUAAUGUAUUUGGACAGGCCGGUGGGUUCGCUAAAAUGAGGGAACGAAUUGAAAUCAUUAUGGGUUUGAAAAAGACAGAAUUAACAUCUGAGAACGAAGAGAAGGUCAUCAAUGACAACACCGAGAGUGAGGAUCAGAACAUGGAUGUCACCGAGAGCAUGAGCAGCAGUACUGAAAAUAUUGAGGCUUCGAUAUCGUCUGGCUCUGCUCCGGUGUCUUCUCUAGAGAAGUCCACAUCGGUUAAUAGCCAAGAGGCUGCUGUAUGGCAAUUACUGCUGCCACUAAGACUUUGCCAUGAUCUAUUGACGCGUCACACACUGGGCGUUUAUCUUUUGCCAGUUAUGGAAUUUGUCCCGUUUACCUUUCAUGGAAGUACUCUUGAGGUUCCUUCCUGCACAGCUCCAAGUACAUCGGGUGCAACUGAAAGCAUGGAGACCGACCAACCGAUUGAAAUACCACCUAGUGAAGUCACAGUACUAAGAGGUCACGAGACUGAGGUGUUUAUUUGUGCUUGGAAUCCUAGCGCGGAUCUAUUAGCAAGUAGUUCUGGAGACAGCACAGCCAGAAUUUGGGAUAUGACUGAUAAUGCAACAAGUAUUCCAAAUCCACUUAUAUUACAUCACUGUAUUCAAAAUAGUGGAACAGAUGUACCGACUAACAAGGAUGUCAUAACUCUUGAUUGGAAUUGUGACGGUAAUCUAUUGGCCACUGGUGCUUAUGAUGGCUGUACCCGUAUUUGGACAAUCGAUGGGAAACUUGUCUCAACAUUAGCUGAACAUAAAGGACCCAUUUUUGCUGUAAAAUGGAAUAAAAGAGGAAAUUAUAUAUUGAGUGCAGGGGUUGACAAAACCACUAUUGUCUGGGGUGCUGCCGCAGCUCAAUUCACUGAACAGUUCUGCUUCCAUAAAGCACCAGUGAUAGAUGUAGAUUGGCAAACAGAUAACACCUUUGCAUCCUGUUCAACGGACUCGAAAAUAUUUGUGUGUCAAGUGAAUGUUGAUAAGCCAAUUAAGACUUUCUUAGGUCACACAGAUGAAAUUAACUCUAUCAAAUGGGAUCCCCAAGGACAACUUCUAGCGUCUUGCUCUGACGAUAUGACAGUAAAGAUUUGGUCUAUGGAGCGAGAUACCUGUAUUCACGACUUACGAGCUCAUACUCAGGAAAUAUACUCCAUAAAGUGGUCACCCACUGGUCCUGGGACUCAGAACCCCAACAUGAACGUAAUAUUAGCAAGUGGCUCUUUCGAUUCCACUGUGCGUAUUUGGGAUGUGGAGAGAGCUGCAUGUGUUCACACGAUGACAAAACAUAUAGAACCUGUAUACGGUAUUGCUUUUUCUCCAGAUGCAAAGUUCUUGGCGAGUGGAUCAUUUGAUAAAUGUAUUCAUAUUUGGUCCACACAAACGGGAUCUCUUAUUCACUCAUACAAGGGAACUGCUGGUAUUUUUGGGGUUUGUUGGGAUUCCAGAGGCAAUAAGAUUGGUGCAUGUGCUGUGGAUGGAAGUGUUUAUGUUUUGGACUUACGCAAGCUGUAGUAUUAUGUUAUUGGUUAAAGAUUUUAUACUACAAUAGUUUCUGGUUUUCAUAUUUUGGAGAUAAUUGUACAAUUAUUAAAAAAUUAUUAUAUUUAUUAUAAAAUCAAAUAGAUAUAUCUAAAAGAUACACUCAAAAAAAUACAAAUUAUGUAUUAUAUAACUUCUUUGAGCUUGGAAACUUGUAUAAAAGUUUAGUUUAACUAAUUAUAUAUAAUAUAAUCAAAUUACAUAUUGAACCAUUGGCUAUGUAAACAAGGUCCCAAUGAAGAUAUUGUAUUACAAGUUUGUAUUAAAAAUAAAUAAAUAAUAAUUAGACAAUGACAUAAAAAUUAAAAUUAAUAUACAAGUUUUUGAUAAAAUCCUUAUUUUUUGUUAAUGUAACUUCUACUUGUAGAACCCUUGGCUUAAAAAAAGGAAUCACAGAUUUAAUUAUUAUUUAUUGAAUCAUUUUACUUUCAUUU